GAUAAGGAAGGAUCAACGAAAGUCGGAGAGUAGUCUUUAUUUUGGUAAAACCAAAUCAAAGAUUUUUGGAUCUCUCUUUCUCUCUUCUCUCUUCGGAUCCAAGUAAUCUCCUCCUCCUCUUCAACACCAGUCUCGAGCGCCGACAAUUGUCUCCACGACAAUCCCGAUCUCAGAUUCUCUCGCUCUAAGAUCCGACAUUAAUCCCCUUAUCUUACUCUCUUUCCAAUUCCAAGUGAUUCAGUAGCAUUCUGGCCGCUGUGUCCUUCUGAAGUGUGUUUUUUUCAUUGAUGAUGUUAUGAUAUGGUUUCCAAGCUUCGAAGCUAGGGUUUCUCUCGACCAUGGCAACCACUCAAACUCCGAGCUGGCGGGAGGGCAUGUCCUCUGAUAAUAUUAAGGGCUUGGUUCUUGCUCUUUCCUCUAGUUUUUUUAUUGGUGCUAGCUUCAUUGUUAAGAAAAAGGGUUUGAAGAAAGCCGGCGCUUCUGGAGUCAGAGCAGGAGUUGGAGGUUAUUCUUACUUGUACGAGCCUCUUUGGUGGGUGGGCAUGAUUACAAUGAUUGUUGGAGAAAUUGCUAAUUUUGCGGCUUAUGCAUUUGCUCCAGCGAUACUGGUUACUCCACUUGGUGCUCUUAGCAUAAUUAUCAGUGCAGUGCUGGCGCAUAUUAUAUUACGUGAGAGGUUGCAUAUUUUUGGAAUUCUUGGCUGUAUUCUUUGUGUAGUGGGUUCCACAACCAUUGUGCUCCAUGCUCCUCAAGAACGUGAAAUUGAAUCUGUAACUGAAGUGUGGCAAAUGGCCAUGGAACCAGCCUUUCUAUUAUAUGCAGCUUUGGUCAUGACAGCUGUGUUUAUACUUAUAUUCCACUUUAUACCACAAUAUGGCCAGACUCACAUUAUGGUUUACAUUGGUGUUUGUUCCCUUGUAGGAUCUUUGUCGGUCAUGAGUGUGAAAGCAAUAGGAAUUGCCUUGAAGCUAACAUUAUCAGGAAUGAACCAGCUAAUAUAUCCUCAAACCUGGAUAUUUACUUUAGUUGUGAUCACUUGUGUGCUUACGCAAAUGAAUUAUUUAAACAAGGCACUUGACACUUUUAAUACAGCUGUUGUGUCACCGAUAUACUACGUUAUGUUCACAUCAUUUACCAUCUUGGCCAGUGUGAUAAUGUUUAAGGACUGGGACAGGCAGAGCCCAACGCAGGUUGUGACGGAGAUGUGUGGAUUUGUAACCAUUCUUUCUGGAACUUUUCUUCUUCAUAAAACAAAGGACAUGGCUGACGGUCCAUCGGCAAGCUUAUCGAUACGUCUCUCUAAGCAUGUCGAAGAGGAUGGGUUUUGUGGUGGAGAAGGUAUUCCUCUCAGACGACAAGAAUCCUCGAGGUUGCCUUGAUCCUUUGAAAGUAUGAGCAUGUUCAGGUUUCAUGUCGACAUCAACUUGUAUUCUAUCACAAGUUUCUACCCCCUAGAUGUUCCUUUUUGGAUAUAAGUAAAGAUAGAAAGGUGAGAAUUUUCUUUCACUUCCCAUUCUGUCUCCCUAGACUUGACAAUGGGGGUAAUGCAUAUUGCCUUUGUACACAAGAUCUUGCGACCCCACAAAUCCCAUAUGAAAGAUGCAAGCCAACAGAAUUCUUUUUCAUCAAUUGGUAAUACAUAUUGCCUCUCCCCAUAUAUCAGAACUCGCUCGGUCUCUUUCUAAAAUGCACAUAUAUUGCUGUUCUUAGACCGUCUAUUCAGCCAUUUUCAUUCUUAGUGUUUUGAAAAUUGCCUUGGUUUUCUUCUUCAUUCACAUUUUAAAUAUGGGUUCGUGAUGUUGUAUCAAGCAGGAAGCACUUUUGAGGAGUGGGGUAUGACUAGUUUAACCUAAACUCAAGAGCUCAAGGUGAUUGUAAUUUCCCGUUGUUUCUAAGCUUUGGUAUAUCUAAAACGUAAGUCUUCCCUUUGUUGCAAUCCUCCAAGUUUAAUCGGUUCUUUCCAGUAA